UUCAGACAUUUUCCAUCUUCUAGGUUUCAGACAUUUUCCAUCUUCUAGGAAAAUGGAAGUGAAAGCUAGAGCUCCUGGGAAGAUCAUACUCGCAGGCGAACACGCGGUUGUCCAUGGAUCCACGGCUGUAGCUGCAGCCAUUGAUCUCUACACUUAUGUUACUAUCCGCUUUCCUCUUCAAUCAGCUGAGAACAAUGAUAGGCUUACACUUCAGCUCAAAGACAUUUCUUUGGAGUUUUCCUGGUCCUUAGACAGACUCAAAGAAGCAAUUCCUUAUGAUUCAAGCACUUUGUGUCGUUCAACUCCGUCUUCUUGCUCAGACGAGACCCUUAAAUCAAUUGCAGUUUUGAUUGAAGAACAAAAUCUUCCAAAGGAAAAGAUCUGGCUCUCCUCUGGGAUCUCCACAUUUCUCUGGUUAUACACCAGAAUUAUAGGGUUUAAAUCAGCUACAGUCGUCAUUAACUCUGAGCUUCCAUACGGAUCUGGCCUCGGUUCAUCAGCAGCUUUAUGUGUAGCUCUCACAGCUGCUCUUCUCGCUUCUUCUAUUUCAAACAAAAACCAUGGUAAUGGUUGGUCAUCUCUAGAUGAAACCAAUCUUGAGUUGCUAAAUAAAUGGGCUUUUGAAGGUGAAAAGAUCAUCCAUGGGAAACCUUCAGGGAUAGACAACACUGUCAGUGCAUACGGCAACAUGAUCAAGUUCUGCUCAGGCGAGAUAAUUCGGUUACAGUCCAACAUGCCUCUGAGAAUGCUGAUCACCAACACUAGAGUUGGGCGCAACACAAAAGCUCUGGUCGCUGGUGUGUCACAGAGAGCGGUGAGACAUCCCGAUGCAAUGAACUCGGUGUUCAACGCCGUGGAUUCUAUAAGCAAAGAGCUUGCUGCGAUCAUUCAAUCUAAAGACGAGACCUCGGUUACAGAGAAAGAAGAGAGUAUAAAAGAACUCAUGGAGAUGAACCAAGGUCUGCUCCAGUCAAUGGGUGUUAGCCAUGGCUCGAUCGAGACUGUGAUCCAAACCACGGUCAAGCACAAGCUUGUCUCCAAACUGACAGGAGCUGGUGGCGGCGGUUGUGUCCUCACUCUAUUACCAACCGGGACAGUGGUGGACAAAGUGGUAGAGGAACUUGAGUCUAGCGGUUUUCAGUGUUUCACAGCCUCCAUCGGUGGUAACGGAGCGCAGAUUUGCUUUUGAUCAAACUGGAAAAUCAGAUUUGCCCUCUCACCAUUCUUAAACUUGCAGAAAUGUACUUCAACAAGGCUGCAAUUAGAAAUCCAAAGAGUCAAUUUUUUAAUCUUAUAAAUGAUGUGUUGAAUGUAAAAUUGCUUUGUUACCAUGUGAAAAUGAUUGAAAACAAUCAAAGAUAAUUUAGUUUUUUGUCUUUU